AUGGUUGAUUAUGAAAAGAAUCAAAGAAAACUACAAGAACUAAUGGAUAUAUUGUCAGAUGAAGAGGUGUUUGAGUAUUUAUCGGAGAGUUAUAUCGAAAGUAGUGAUUAUUCCGAAUCAUCUAAUUAUUCUUCAUCUCCUGUACAACAAAAAAAGAAGAAAAAGGUGCUUAACUCUUUUAAUAACUGUAAUAACAUAUAUCAACCCAGUACAUCAUUUGAAGUACAUACAAAAAGCGUUGAAGAAAAAAAUCGUACUGAUGACAUGGAAACUAAUCCUUUUAGAACGUGUUCUAAGCUUGUUGCCCAGAGAUACGAUGGUGCUGCCGUAAUGGCUGGUCAUUUAGGAGGCCUUCAAGCUGAAGUGAAAGAGAAGUUUAAACAUGCAAUUUUCGUACAAUGUAUAGCACAUAGACUUAAUUUGGUUUUAUCGCGAAGCAUGGAUAAUAUUAAAGAUUGCAAAGUUUUUUUUUCGACGCUUAGUGGUUUGGCAACCUUCUUUUCAAAGUCAUCGAAAAGAACUCGCGAUUUGGACAUUCACGUUAAAAAAAGGUUUACAAAAGUUGCUCCGACGCGAUGGAGAGCUAUAUGAAUUUUGAAGAACUUACAUCUUGGAGACCACAGGAAAAUGGUUAAUAAUGGUGAAGAACGCAUAGUUUACAAUUGGAAUAGAAGUGAUUUCAAUGGUUGUACCGACUUUUACAUGUUGAACGUGUUUUUCAUACAUUUAUUUUUAGGAUUUGGUAGCUCAUGUGUCUGA